CAUUCCCUCAAACCCCGAAUUGUGGACCAUGGACAGCGUCAAGACGGCCGUCAUCCAGCUGCUCAGAGAGAUGUCGCAGUCCAAGCUCGCCAAGAUUUGCCCUCUCAAGCAGUCCCUGCUCUCUACAAUCGUGAACAACAAGUUCACGGGAAAGCUGGGUGCCGAGAAGUGCAAGGAAUUCGGCACUUGGUUCAUGCAGUACAGACAGUCGUCGCCAGCAUCGGCGAUGGCGUUUCUGGACGAGGACAGGCCUCCUCAAGACGGCCGCAUGACGUUCCACUCGAUCACGGAGCUCCCGCGCAUGCGGGAUUGGUUCCGCCAGUGUCCGCACCCGACCAACCUUCAGCUGCAAGACUUUGCCAAUCAACUCAACAGUGAAUCUCUGCGCUUGCGAAACAAACCCAAGGUCACGGUAAAUUGCCUCAAGAACUGGUGGAAAAACGAGCGCCAGCGGGAGCGUCGCACCAGCAAACGCCGCUCUCCGGGUGGCGUCGAUGAUGAUUCGAAUCCCGGAAACUCUGCCAGCUCCAGUUCGACACAUUGCCCCGUGCCCAUCAAGAUUGCUGCCGCCGUCACCACCGCCAGCACCGCCAGCACCACAGCAACGGCCUGCAUCAUCCACCAACACCGGAGCCCAUCGUCACCACCGGCACAUUCGCCGUCUCCUCAGCCAUCACAGCCACAAGUUACGCGACCGUCGGCACCGAGUUUCUCCAGCACCCCACACAAUCGUCCCCAGCACCCGGUCGUUACCUUAGCUACGCACGACUACGGAGCCAGGGCUGCUGCUGCCAUGAUGCCCCUGCGCCAUCUCCACCACUUGCACCACCACCACCACCACCAUCCCCGCUUUGUGCCGGCGAGCAGCGGGGGAGUGGUACCGGCCGCCUCGUCGUCACCGGGCGACUUGGUGGUGGCACUGUCUACCACAUCCCCGUCUUGACGCUACCUCAUCAAUGUCGGCGGGCGCCAUUUCUUCCCCCUCCCCACUACAAUGGCGCCCGGUUCCUUUCGCCUGCCCCCGGGGGAAUCCCCACCCUAUCCACCCUCGCCCCCGCCGCGUGUGCGAAUGGAAAAUGCGAAAACCGACGAUGGAUGACACAAGCUUUAUGUUCGACCUCACGAGCGAGGACUUGUUCGAAAGUGGUCAUCACCCAUUCACGGGCGUUCUUGGAAGGCACGACUGAGAACCUGUAGUGUGAGUCUGUGCUUUAAUGGACGAAACAAUGUGUGUGCUUUGGUCGGACAUCUUCAAAGAGAGUUGUCGCUCUGGUGGUUCGUGAAGAUUGGGCGUUAAAAAAGACUCGCAUUAUGUGGCAAGCAAGUGAGAACUUUAGUAUGUCCUGAGUGCCAGUUUCGAGCGAAGAAGCCUGCAGCUAGUGUUCAGUGGCGUUUUUCCGCAGUCCCUCUAUAUUUAUUGUACUUAAGUCAUUGUGCAGCACCCACAUUUAUUCCACGGUGUGUAGUGCAUUCUGUUUGCGCGUUAUAGAAAUGUCGUCCACCGUGCAACUCCAAGCAAAUAGAGUCAUGAAGUGUGAGCCUGUGGUAGCCAACGCUGCAAGGUUCUAGAUGCGAGCUAUUUCCAGCUGGUAGCUGCAUAGUGUAUAUAUAUUUUUUUCUUUCCCAAUAAUGUCUUCAUUUUAAGGCUUUGUCUUGCUUUGUUCAGCCAUUUCAAAUUGGACAUCUUCACUUGAGAUUUUGUCAUGCUUUGUUUCGUGGAAUGAGCUAACGUGUCAGGAAUACUGGCUGGAAGCAUUUGCAAAGUAGUGGCAUUGUUUCGCGUAGUCAUUGUAUCAUUAUGCAUGGAGUGUGUAUGAUCGAAUCGUGCCAAAGAAAGACUUGUUCAUCGUUAGACUUGGUGUCUGGGGGUGUUCAGAUUUUUACUGUUGAUUAAUGUUGUGGCAUUUUGAUUUUGCUGAGCAUAGACAUAAUUGAAAAAAUGUAAAAUUCGUUGUGAUCAUUUUUUCUUUGCUUGUCGGAGUAUGAUCUCUCUAAAACUGAUGAGCAUUGUGGCCAAGUCACUUUUCAUGCUAUGUCUGUGCAAUAUAUAUGGCUAAAACAUGGCAUAACAUUUCAGACAUAAUAAGGUAUCACUGGCUGAUACUUAGCUUUAGCUUAUGGCUAUGCACUAUUAUUUUUUUUUUGUAUCCUUCGUACUCAUUUCAAAUGGUUGUGACAAACAAAUGAAAUCAACAUUUUCAGAUCACAUUGUUUUUUCUCAUUGCUGAUAAUUCCACUGCAGUGGACCAUAAUACACUGAGCAUUUUCUCAACACCAGAGGACAGAAAAAGAAGAGCACUUUUCCGAAGGUAUUUAAAAUCAUUGUUUACUUUAAUCACUUUGUCAAGUUGUAAAGAUAUGCCAGCAUGUAUAUACCUAUUACUUUUCAAAUAUUACAAGAAAUUUGCUAGAUUCCAUUGUUUUUUGCUUUAUAAACAAAGAUACUUGUGUGUCAAUCAAAUAAAAGUGUUCUGUGCACA